CCGCCGCCGCCGCCAUGCCGCUGCUGUUCCUGGAGCGUUUCCCGUGGCCCAGCCUGCGCACCUACACGGGUCUGAGCGGGCUGGCCCUCGUCGCCACCAUCGUCAGCGCCUACCGGGCCCUCAGCCACAGCGGACCCGGGGACCCCGGAACGCUCCCCUCCGCCUCCUCGUCCUCGUCCUCGUCCUCCUCCCCCGCCGCGGGCCCUCCGGCUCCGGCCGGCCCCCCGGGCCCCCCGGGCCCCCAGCCCCGGGAGCUGGCCCUCUAUCUGCGCGCCGACAGCCUCUGCGUCUGGGUGUUGGUAAAUACGGCCUGUUGCUUUCUGAUGCUGGUGGCGAAACUAAUCCAGUGUGUCGUGUUUGGGCCACUUCGAGUUAGUGAGAGGCAGCAUCUGAAGGACAAGUUUUGGAAUUUUAUCUUCUACAAGUUCAUUUUCAUAUUCGGCGUGCUGAACGUUCAGACCGUGGAAGAGGUAGUCAUGUGGUGCCUCUGGUUUGCCGGCCUUGUGUUUCUACAUCUGAUGGUGCAGCUGUGCAAGGACAGAUUUGAAUACCUUUCAUUCUCUCCCACCACACCAAUGGGUAGCCAUGUCCGAGUCCUGACUCUGCUAAUUGCCAUGCUGCUUUCCUGCUGUGGAUUAGCUGUUGUCUGUUGUGUGACCGGCCACACCCACGGAAUGCACACCCUAGCAUUCAUGGCUGCAGAGUCUCUCCUUGUGACAGUGAGAACCGCGCAUGUGAUUUUACGCUAUGUAAUCCACCUAUGGGAUCUCAACCAUGAAGGAACAUGGGAAGGAAAAGGAACUUAUGUGUAUUAUACUGAUUUUAUCAUGGAGCUCACUUUAUUGUCUCUGGAUCUCAUGCACCAUAUUCACAUGUUGCUGUUUGGGAACAUCUGGCUGUCGAUGGCCAGCCUGGUGAUCUUUAUGCAGCUGCGUUAUCUGUUCCACGAGGUCCAGCGUCGAAUCCGGCGCCACAAAAACUACCUGCGGGUGGUCGGAAACAUGGAAGCCAGGUUUGCCGUUGCGACGCCAGAAGAACUCGCUGUGAAUAACGAUGACUGUGCCAUCUGCUGGGAUUCCAUGCAGGCUGCGAGGAAACUGCCUUGUGGACACCUCUUUCACAACUCCUGUCUCCGCUCCUGGCUCGAACAGGACACCUCGUGCCCGACCUGCAGAAUGUCUCUCAAUAUCGCCGACAGUAACCGGGCCCGGGAAGACCCGCAGAGGGAGAACCUAGAUGAAAAUCUGGGGCCCGUGGCAGUAGCGGAAGGCAGACCCCGCUUAAACCAGCACAACCACUUCUUCCACUUCGACGGUUCCCGGAUUGCUAGUUGGCUCCCUAGUUUUUCGGUGGAAGUAAUGCACACAACCAACAUCCUUGGCAUCAGCCAAGCCAGCAACUCCCAGCUCAAUGCUAUGGCUCAUCAGAUUCAAGAAAUGUUUCCCCAAGUUCCAUAUCACGUAGUUCUGCAGGAUUUGCAGCUGACCCGCUCAGUUGAAAUAACGACAGACAACAUCUUAGAGGGACGUAUCCAAGUACCUUUCCCUACCCAGCGUCCAGAUGGCAUUAGACCUGCAUUAAACAGUCCCGUGGAACGGACUAGCAGUGACCAGGAGGAAGGAGAUCCUACCGCUGAGGCCGAGCGGGUGCCACUUGAUCUCAGCCCCAGACUAGAAGAUAUGUCAGACUUCAGCGAGGUGGAGGCCGAACCCUGUGAGAUGGAAGACUUCGAGGCCCGUGGCAGUCGCUUCUCCAAGUCAGCUGAUGAGCGGCAGCGCAUGUUAGUUCAGCGGAAGGAUGACCUGUUGCAGCAAGCUCGGAAGCGUUACCUGAACAAAACGUCGGACGACGAUUCUGCCUCAGAGAGUUUCUUCCCCUCGGAGAGUUCGCCCUCGGACCCCGUGACCCUGCGCCGUAGGAUGCUGGCUGCCGCCGCCGAACGGAGACUUCAGAAGCAGCAGGCCUCCUAGCCCUCUCCUCCGCCCUGUCCCUCGUCCUCCCCGGUAGCAGCACGCCCAUCCGGCGCGUGGCGUCCCAGCAGGACAAAGUUGUCCCCAGCUCCGCCGGCCCUGGGAAGGCGCGGGGCUUGACUGCAUUGCCGCUGUAUAAAGCAUGUGGUCUUACUAGUGUUUGGACAGCUGACAAAUUUCUUUUUUUUUUUUUUUCUUCCUGACGUGGGAGAGGCGGUUAGUAUUUCCUAUGUGACGUUUCUCCCCCGGCCUCCCUGCCCACCAAAAUUGCAGAUUUUCACCCCCGUCAUGACCGCUGCUGGCAUCGCUUUGCCGCCGGGCGGCAGGGAGGGGUGGGAAGUGGAAGACCGGAGGCAUGAGUCCGGAUUUAUCGCUCAACGCAUAGGUCACGGAGAGCGUUGGCACCUCUUAGCUUCUAUCUUAAUUGGGAGACUGUUCAGAAAGACUUGCAGACCCCUUUUCUAGGUUGGCAGGAGGUGUCUGCUCCCAGGCCACCCUACCUACCCCGAAGGAAUUGAGUGCUACGGAGGCCAAACCGAGAGCAGUACCACCCCUUAGAGAGAGGGAGACACUGGAUGGACCUAGGAAAGUAAUUUCUUGGUGUGGCCAAGAGGAGCUAGGUCGUAGGCUAGUUUUCGGGAAGCAAACGAAAAGUUCGGGAGUGAAGAAGGGACUUCCUCUUUCCCAUCCGCCGGUGGCUUUUACCCUGCCCAAGUCCCUGAGCUACAGCUGACGUGAUUUCUGUUAACUCUGGUGCGGCGUGUCGUGUCUGCAAGCGCGUGUCCUUGAUUCCCUCCGGACAUUUCACCGCCCCUCAGGUGCUGGGGACGUCGGCCGUGAAAGGGUUAAGCAGCAAACAUUCAUUCCGAGUUGGAAUCCAGUAUUACACCACUUUAGGUGAGUGCAGGCGAAAAACCUGUAAGUUCUCGGAGUGACGGAAGGUCCGGGCCGUGAGUGAUGGGGAGCAAUUUCAACAGGGCUUUCUAGAAGAGGUCCGAAGGUAGCCGCGUCUGCCUUCCUUCAAACCCUUUGUUUUAGUAGCUUUGCUCUUAUAAGCUUGAUUAGCUAUCAAGAGUCUUCAGCCCGCUGCUGAAUAGGUUCAGUUUCCUAACCCUUUUGAAUUUUUUCCCCCCUUUUAAUGGUUUUUUUUUUUUUUAAAAGUGGAAACCCACAAUCGUAGGUGUCAGAGUUCAAUUUCACAUCCCUUUGGAUUAAUUUUUUAAUGUUCAGGAGCUUAGCUCAUCACAAUCCUUUUGGGGAAAAUCCAGUAUUAUCCAGAAUUAUUGGCAAAGUUAAAUGUAUUUUUUUAAAACCGCAAGUUUUUAGGAUUUGUUAUGGGCAAUUGGAAAAUAUGGAGGAAUAAUAACUAUGUAGGCAAAGAUAAUUUAUUUCAAUAAAUCGUUCAAAAGCCUUACCUUGCAUUGCUACUAGUAAACUUUUGAAAACUUUUGGGUUUUUUUUGGGGGGGUGGGGUGUUGUUUUGCUCAGAGCACAGCUAUUUCUCUUUUUAUUGUAAAAAAUAAAAAUAAAAAAGUAAAAUA